GCCAUGCAUACAUAUCUGGGACUCUCACUCACCUGACUGAGAGCCAAGCCUGACCUCUGUGCACAGGGAGGAGGAGUUCCGGUGUUUGAGGAAGGGAAGUGCCUUACACCUGUGUCUUAGAGUUGUCGAAACACUUCAUCUGUACCUUUGUCUCCUCCCCUCCCAGGAAAGCACCAGAAGCAUUCACAUAGGAAACGAACAAUGUUCACUGAAGACCAACUGGAAGCCUUGGAAUUCUUGUUCAGUCAGAACCCUUACCCCCCACCCAGCCUGCAGAAGGAGAUGGCCUUGAAACUGGGGAUCCACCCGACAGUACUACAGGUUUGGUUCAAGAACCACAGAGCAAAACUCAAGAAAGCCCAAUACAAGCACAUGCAGCAAAAACCAGAACCUGAACAAGAGCAUGUAGCUGGGGUGGACCUCAAGACCAGCUCUUCCAAGAGAAACAUGGCUACAUCUCCAGGAUUCUCUCAUGGUGCCUACCCUGCGUCCCUGGUUUACACAGAUCAUCCAAUACCUUCCUUCCAACUCCGCAUAUGCCCCAAUUUGAAGGCUCUCCCAGACCAUUCUAUUGGCCACAAAAUAGUCCACUUUGGCUGCUGUCAAGAUCCUAAUAUCUACUCCCUUUGUCCCAUUUUGGAAUCACAGAUUCUUUCUGCAAGUUUCACUGCUAAUCCCUUUGGUUCUACAUCACCACAAAGAGCCUUAUGAGAGAAGCUAGACACAAAACAUUACAUAUUGUCAUUUGCAACGAUGCCCAAACAAGGGACAGAUAUGAGAUCUACACAAUCUGGACGCAUUUCAAAACCAUGAUGCUCCAUGAAAAGAAAAAAAAGACACAAAAAUGCCUGUGUGGUGGCAUUAAGCAGAAAGAGGCAGUAAAACUUACUGGGGAUGGUGAUGUUUCAUGUCUUGAUUAGGAUGGAGCCUACCUGGAUGUAUAAAGUCAUCAGAAGACACAGAAGUGUGAUACUAUGUACAUCACAAAAAACAAUCUUGACAGCAUGGAGACAUCAGCUAAUGCCAUGAUGGUCAUCAUUUUGCAAUACGUAAACGUAACAAAUCAACAUCUUCGCGUACACCUUAAACUUGCACAAUGUUAUGUAUCAAUUGUAUCUCAGUAAAGCUGGAGGAAAAAAUGUUUUCAUUAUAUCUCAAUAAAGAUAUA